AUGAUAAAAAAUUUUUUAAUAUUUAUUUUUCUUAUCUUAUUUCCAUCAAUAAUCAGAUGUCAAUGUGAACCAAAUUGGUUUGGUCAAAAUUGUUCUCAAAUAAAUAUAUGUAAUUAUAAUAACAGUAGUCGUUGUCCAAAUGGUUUUAUUUGUAAAACAAUUGAUAAUAAUAAUCAAGAAUGUUUAGCAAUUGGAACAUUUGAAGGAAAUUCAAGUAAUUUAAUAGCUAAAUUUAAUUAUACUUCAAUAAUAACAAAUGAAAUAUCAUUUCGUUUUCGUGCUCAUAUACAAUCAGCACAUUUAUUAACAAUAAAAAAUUUAAUAAAUUUAAAUUAUUUUUCUUUUUAUUUAUCUGAUAAUAAUAAUUUAAUUUAUCGUGAUUCAAUAUUAAAUAAUGAUUUAUUUAUUGAAUUAAAUAAUCAAACAUUUGAACAAUGGACAACAUUUCAUUUUCAAUGGACAAAUAAUUUAACAUUAAUUUUUAAUCAUUUAUAUACAUAUUCAAUUAAUUUAACAUAUGAAGAUAUAUUUGUAUUAAAUGAUGAAAUUGAAAUUAUCAUAGGUAAUGGUUUUCGUGGUUGUUUAGAAUAUGUUUUAAUAGGUGAAAAUCUUUAUAUACCAUUUUAUAAUGAAACAUUAAUUGAAAAUGAUAUACGUAUGAAUAAAAUUUAUAUAGAACAAAUUGAUAAUAUACAAAUAAAUAAUUGUACAUUUAAUAAUAUAUGUGAAAAUUUUAUUUGUCAUUAUGGAAAAUGUAUACAGGAUUUUGAUCGAGGAAAAUGUUUAUGUAAUUAUGGAUGGGAAGGUGAUUAUUGUAAUAAAAAUAUUGAUGAAUGUCAACAAGGAAAUAAUUGUUCAAAAGAACAUAGUAUUUGUCAAGAUCAUAUUGAUGGUUAUUAUACAUGUAAAUGUCAUCAAGGUUUUACUGGCAAAUAUUGCGAAACAAAUAUCGAUGAAUGUUCAUCAUCGCCAUGUGCUAACGGUGGUAUUUGUAUAGAUUUAAUUAAUGGUUAUCAUUGUAAUUGUACUAAUAAUUAUAUAAGUUCACAUUGUUCAAUAUCACUUGAUGAAACCUGUUUUGGUCGUUUAAAUUCGUGUGAAAAUAAUGGUACAUGUAUUUUAAACAGUUCACAUCUUUAUGUUGAUAAGCCUCAAACUGAAUGUCAAUGUCGUGAUGGUUAUAGUGGUCAAUGGUGUGAAAAUGAUUUAUGUUUAAAAUUAAAUUGUCUAAAUAAUGGUACAUGUCAAAGAUUACCUGAUCGACAAGCAAAAUGUUUAUGUACUCAACAGUGGUAUGGAAAUAGAUGUGAAAAUGAUGUAAAUGAAUGUAGUUUAAAUAAAACAAAUAUAUGUUUAAAUAAUGGUACAUGUUUUAAUUAUCCUGGUAGUUAUAAAUGUCAAUGUCAUGAAAAUUAUCUUGGAAAACAUUGUGAACGAAAACAUACAUGUUUAGAACAUGCACCCUGUUUUAAUAAUGGACUAUGUCGACCUGAUGGUGAACAUUAUUAUUGUGAAUGUUUAUCGAAUUUUACAGGUUUACAUUGUGACUUUCCAACAUGUGAAUCAGUGCCAUGUCGAAAUAAUGGUACAUGUACACCAGACAGUGAACGAGGAUUUUUAUGUAAUUGUACAGGAACAGGUUAUGAAGAUGAAAGAUGUACAACAGAAAUUGAUGAAUGUCUGAGUAAUCCAUGUCAAAAUAAUGCAACUUGUAUUGAUCAAAUUAGUGGAUAUAUUUGUGCAUGUUCAAAAAAUUUUUUUGGACAUCGAUGUGAAAAUAAGAAAUUUUUUUCUUCAUUGGGAUUUUCUUAUCAUUAUAUUAUAUGGCCUGGUGUAACUAUACUAUUAUUAUUAGUAAUUAUUCUAUUAACUGUUAUCAUUAGUCGUAUACGUGAAAGUCGACGAUCACGAGGUACAUAUCGGCCAGCAUUAAAUGAAAAUGGUCAAAGUUCACGUAUAGAAUUUAGUAUGAUCUUAAAACCACCACCUGAAGAACGAUUGAUAUAA